AUGCGUUACGAAGUAGAGCAAGAUCUAUUGUCGUGGGAACACUUUGUAUUCGCUGCAGCGACUAUAAUUACUGUACCACUAUAUCUGCUAAUACUGUGGGUUAUUUGGUGGAGACCGAAGCUAACUCUCUUCCAUGUUCUGAUGCUAUCACAAGGCAUAGCUGAUAUCAUCUUCUUACUCAGCUACAACUUCUUCGUUACACUUCGUCUCACUAUGAUAUGUUAUAACUUCUUCUGGCGAUAUAGACGAUUUCUUGCCAACAUAAUGACGGAAAUUCCAGUUGCUGUAUUCGUAAUAGUUCACUGGUUCAGUGCUCUUCUAGUGACUGCACCUCUUCUUACCUCAUUCGAUGCUACUUACCUUCCGGAUAUGAACUCGGAUAUUCCAACGGACGACUUAUCGCUUGCCAACUUGAUCUCAGUCAUCUCUGUUGUAGUACUAUUUGUAAUCUGUGCAUUUUGCUAUGUUCUCGUACUCUUGCAUAUGCUACGAAGCAAAGUGUCUGUGAAUACAACUAAACAGAACGAGAUACGCCUCAGUAUUCAAGUUGCUGGUUUAAUGAUUGCAUUCGUAUUGGUUUUUAUUUAUAAUGUUGGUCAAUAUAUAAUUCUUCAAAGUGAAAUGGUAGGUUGA